AUGGCUGAUGUCGAAGAUAUUAUAAUCUACAUUAAGUCUUUAAAAAAAGGUUUUGAUAAGGACUUGUUUCAAAACAAAGUUGACGAAUUAGGAUACUUAGUUGAAAACACUGGUUUAAACUAUGAUGACUUCCAUACUCUAUUUAAAGUUUGGUUGAAUUUAAGUAUACCCAUAACAAAAUGGGUAAAUCUUGGAGCUUGCUUAGUUCCUCAAGAAAAAGUAUGUCAAAGUACCAUUGAGUAUUCUUUAAGGUGGAUCCUUGCAAAUUAUGAAAAUCAAAGUAACUUCUCAAGAAUCGGUUUUCUUUUAGACUGGCUCACGGCUGCUAUGGACUGUGAUUCCAUUGAAAUGGAGGCUUUAGAUGUGGGAUAUGAAUUGUUUUAUACUAUACUGACUUUCGAAACACUUACAGUACAUGCUAUGAAACUUGUGUAUACCUUGACUAAGCCUGCAGAUGUGACAAGGAGGAGAGUACUGGAAUUACUUGACUAUGCUAAAGUUAGAGAAGGAAAGAAAAAUAUGUACAGGCAAAUUCAAGUAUUACUGGGUCUGUUUAAAUCAUUUAAACCAGAAUAUGUACCUGAGGAUGUACCUUCAAUAUCAAUUUAUACUGCAUUCAGAAAAAUUAAUACAACUCUGUUACAAAGAUUUAGGCAUAGCCAAAGUCAGCGGAAUAGUUUGAAUAAUGAUACUUAUCGGCUCUUUUGGGCUAACCCAAUAAAUUCAGAUGCUGGUAGAAAUAAAAAAGCUGAACCAUUGGUGCCCAAUAUGGAGUUUACUCACAUAGGGUCAAGACAGUAUGAUCAUGAUUGUCAAAAGACAUACCUAGAUUUUUCUGACCCAGUGUCCCUCGUGCAGUACAGUACACAGCACGCAACGCGGCGGCCGGCGCGGCUUCGCGCGCUGCUAUGCAAUCCGGCAGGGCUAGCGCUCCUCGCGCUAGCCACACGCACCGACCACGACUUCAUGUCCCAUGAACUACACCAUUUGCUUACUAAUUGUUUUUUAGAAUCAUCACCUCACAACUACAAGCAGAAGCAAGAUCUGUUGUACAGGCUGGCUAUAUUUCAGUCCACACUCAUGCAAGGUCUUCCUGUUGUAACUUUUUUUUUGGCACAGUUUUUACCAUUUUGGAAUGAAAAGGACUUUUUUGCAGAGAUCUUGGAACUGGUGGAAUGGGUAAAUGUUGAGGAUGCUGAUCGUGUCACUGUCAUAUUAGAUACUUUGUCGAACAUUUUCUACAGGGCUGAACCCAUGGAACAAUGCGCCAUAUUGAAAAGUUUAACUACUAUGUAUAUGAAUUUGGCGUAUGCGAGUACUCGACCUCGACAUCAUUUCCUGAAUCUGCAGCCAUCUGAAACCACCUAUGCAGAGACAUUAACUAUAAUCACUGGAAAAAUUAGCGACAUGUGUAGUAAAGGCCUGCAAGCUUCCCCAGAUGACAUGCGCAUGGUGUAUAGCACGGUGGUGACGACGGCGCGGGCGGCGCGCGCGGCCUCCCGCGCCGGCGCGCCGCCGCCGCCGCCCCGCACGCUGUCCCUCGCGCUGCCCUUGCUAGCCAGCUCCGGCGCCGCCGUAGAUGCCUUAGCUGAACUCAUUAUGUUGUACAAAGAUGUAUUCUCCAUUAUGAAGGAAAAGAUCGGUCGCAAUCGAGUCUAUAAAGAACAAAUGAAAAUUCUAAAAGCAUUUACAUCAGAUUUUGUGAGCUGUUUCUGUGAAACGUUCCUAAGCGGUAGGAAGAACGGGCUGAUUUUUAGUAACCUACAUCCACAGUUGGUCAGCAAAUUAACUGAUUUAAUACCAGAUGUGAACUCUAAAUUAAGUAUACGUAAUCAUUUGGCUCUGGCGCCGUUUACGUACAUUCAGUUAGAGGCAGUGGAUCAUAUAGAAGCAGAUAACAAGAUGUGGUUUGAGACUGUGGUGAAGCAGGAGUAUGAUAAUUUAAGUCAGUUCAUAAUGAAGACGAUGCUUGACUUAUGC